GUCAAACAUAUAGUAAGUCACAGGUGGCAGGGUCAGGUAGUAUAAUAUGGGUGGUGGACAAGCUUUCUUUGUCUAUAUUAAUACAUUUAUUGGUUGUGUGAUUUCGUUUUUUUUUUUAAAGGAAACUUGUUUUGAGGGCAGUCUUAUCUGGAGACUGGCCUAUAAACGCUGAACGUUUAAGGAUCCUUCCGCAUUUUACUCAAAUGUUUGUUUUGAGCUGUGUCAUUUGAAAGUUUACCUACGCCGCGGGUAGAACAAGUUGGAUUGCCACACCUUGUACAAUAUUGAUAUUGAAAUCGAAACAAAAAAAUUAUUUAAGCGACGCGAUAAUGAAACGAAGUUGACAGAGAAACACAGUAAAUCCACACUUCCUGAUCAGACGUGCCUUACUGCUAACAACCAAAUCAGCCGCAGAAAACAAAUUGGCACUAAAUUAAGGUAAAUAAAUGGAUCCACGGCUGCACGAGUCUCCACAUUGCAAGUCUUGUAAAGCCUACCUAAAACUCCACACCGUGAUUGCAGCAUUAAGUGUCCAGCCAACGCAAUGUUCUAAGCGAAACAGACACUGACCAGGAUGAGAGACGAUCUUUCAGAAGUAUGAGAAGUCCGCCCAGACCCAGAGUUUCCAGUUCGUUUAGGCCGAGGUUUGGAGGAAGAUUCUUCAGACCACGGUUCAUGAGGGACGAUCAUGUGUUCCGGAAGCCCCGAUUAAGUUUAGGGUUCCAGAGGUACAACUCCUUCAGUCCCCGGCCACGUUUCACCUGGAGAGAACAGCCUGGUUCCACAGGCCCAGACAGCCAGUACAACAACCAGCGGAACGUGGAGACCAACUCCCCCACCCGAGGUUCUAUACCUAAAAAACACACUGUUACAGGGGCUGUGAAGUAUUCGGCAGGGCCCAGCAGAAACGUGGAGAAGCAGCCCGUGUCAUUCAAAGUGUAUCGUCAGGACUGUGACACGUUUGGCGUGGUGGUGAAGAUGCUGGUAGCCAAGGACCCGUCUCUGGAGCGGCCCAUCCAGUCGUCCCUACAGGAAAACCUCCGGGACAUCGGCCUGCGCUGUGUAGAGGCCAUGCAACAGUUCAUUGAGGACUACGACACUAGGGAACCGUUGCCAUUGUGACCGGGGCGGGCGCACACAGCUCUUCCUCAACCAAGUGCCAUGCGUUUCUGUGAGAACGCGCACACAGCCAUAUCUCAACCAGCUCAGAAAUGUACCUGCCAAUCCUACACCGGCUGAUGGAUGGGCUAAGUGACAUCACCAACGUUGAAUAGUACUAAUGACUGGCCUAUACACUGAGUCAAGAGCCCACCUGUCCCAGUGUCUUCAGGCAGGCUGGGGUCCCUACCGGUGCUCUGCCUUCUGCAGGAUCAUGGGACAGGGUUGUGACCUGUAAUGUGACUCCUACUGAAACGAUCAUCUCUGAUAUUUUCCAACUCUCAGUACCCUUGACAGACGAUGCCACCACUUCUCGGGUGUUUUCUGGUGAUUGUACGAUCAAUUCCAAACCACUUUGAACUGAAAUGUUGACCUUUUUUAAUAGACGUCCAAAGGAAAUAAUGUAUGAGCUGAUUAUUGUCUUGCAAUAUUAUACUGUAAUAUUUGAAUAUGCUCUUUUGAUAUGGAGGACUUAUCUAUUCAAAAAACCUUUUGGGAGUUCUUAGAGUAAUAAAAUGUUUUCUUAAAUAUGA